AUGAGACUCCGUACUCUUGUAGCGCAGAAGAGUUUGUGGCAUGGAGAGUAUGCGGAUGUCGCCGUUCGCGUUCGCAUCCUGGAAGUAGCUGUACAGCGAGCGGUUGGUCGCGAGAUUCUUGUUGCAAGGAUGGCGCUUUGUGAAGCGAUGUUGUAUAUGGUCUCCUACCGUGCGAUCCUGAGCAUGCUCAGGGAUAUCGAGAGUAUGCUUGCUGAGGAGGCACUUGAUGGUUGGGAUUGGAGAGUGGGUUUGAGAGCUCAGCUGGAUGCAAGAGAUCGGCUCUACUACAAGGAGAUUGGAAAUUUGAGUGCCGUUGCGGAAGAGAGGUACACGCUGGCUAGUCUUCCUUCAGGGAUCGCAUAG